AUGAAUCAGAACAACUCAAUUGUCUAUCCAAAAUGGUUUGGGGGAAGUGCAUCGUGUAUGGCGGUGGUUGUCUCUCAUCCGCUGGAUUUGAUCAAGGUUCGCAUGCAGAUGGAGUCCAAGACAACACGGACGGGAACUUUGUCGACUGGUCUUCGCAUUAUCAGAGCAGAGGGAGUACUUGGCUUGUAUAGCGGGGUAUCUGCAGGAUUGACACGACAGCUAACCUACGGCUCCGUCCGCAUCGGCCUCUACGAAUCCCUCAAAGACUACACCACCAAACACAACAUCCCCGCCUCGCCCCCCAUCCUCGGCCUCCUCGCCGGCCUAUCCGGCUUCGUGGGCGCCAUAUUCGGCAACCCCUCUGACAUUGGCAACAUCCGCAUGCAAAACGAUGGCUCGCUACCACCUCACGCCCGGCGGAACUACGCGCACAUCUUCGACGCGUGGAAACAGAUCUACACACAAGAAGGGUGGAAAGCGUUCAGCCAGGGGCUAUGGCCGAAUGCGUUCCGGUGCGCGAUGAUGACGAGCUGUCAGCUUGCUUCGUAUGAUAGCCUAAAGGGGGUGUUGAUGCGGGUGAGUGGGUUGGGGGGCGAUCAUGCGGGUGUGCAUGUGUCGGCGUCGUUGUUGGCUGCGUUGGUUGCGACGACGGUUUGUAGUCCUGUUGAUGUGGUCAAGACGCAGUUGAUGGGGGCGUCUGGGAAGGAGGGGAUUGUUGGGGUUGUGAGGGCGUUGAUGGCGGGUGAAGGGGCGAGAUGGAUAUUUCGUGGAUGGACGCCGAGUUUUGUGCGAUUGGGGCCGCAAACGAUGGCGACGUUGAUUUUGCUGGAGCAGCAUAAGAAGAUAUAUAGAAGUAUGGGGGUGGGAGUGCCAUACGGUAUGAGCAUGUAGUGUGGAUAUAGCUGCCAAGGAAUAGACUGU